AUGGUACUAUAUAAUCUGUGCUCUUGUUAUACCGUAAGAAAGUAUUCCGAUGAUCCGCUGCAAAUAAUGCAGAUUGUCGUUAUUUUUGGAAUCGCAACUCAGCUGAUUUACAAAUUCUUUAUGGCUAUUGAGAAAAAGGCUUCGAUGAGGGCCCUUUUCGAAACGGCAGAGCAGAACAUUUACUGUGCCUUUGAUAGUGGAACUCUCAAGGAAAAGGCUGCAAUCGAAAAGACAACUCGCAAUUUGAGCAUUAGCUUCAAAAUAAUGUCUGGGCUCUAUGUGUCAUCGCUGUUUGUUUUUGCUAUCUGGCCCGUGUAUGUUUAUUAUAACAAAAAUGAGUUGGUUCCGCUGUUUUUCUACGAAAUUCCAUACGUUAACAUAAAUGAUAAACCUGGAUACGUACUGACACUCUUAUUUCAUGUUAAUAUUUAUCUACUAGGAGUAUUAGGAACGAUUUUGGCAGACUACAUAUUUAUCUUUGCUGCAUUCCAAUCGAUGCUCUUUGUUGACUUGUUAAUAUUGAAUUUAAAACAAUUAGAUGAUAUGUUAAUUUCUGACAAUCGUGAAGCGAAUCUAGAAGCAAUUGCAGAUCAAUGGAAAACUUGUAUGAAAUAUCAUCAAAUUACUAGUGAAUAUAUAAAUACUGUUGAGCAUGUAUACGGAUUCUCGUGUUUGAUGCAAGUAUUUUGCUGCGUUUUUACAAUCUGUGAUUCAAUGAUAGUUUUAGUUUUGACGGACUGGUAUGCGGCAUAUUGCUUUUUGCUGGUAAUAUUUUUCGAGCUAUCUAUUUAUUUUAUUUUGGGAAACUUAGUGGAGCUAAAGGUUGAUGCACUUUAUGAAACUGUUACUUCUCUAUCGUGGUAUCUAUUGACUUUGACCCAGCAAAAAGAAUUUAUGUAUGUGAUGGCUCGUCAGCAAAGGCCAAUGAUAUUAACUAUUUUCGGAUUUGCUCCGUUGAAUUUCGAAAGCUAUAUGACUGUAUUACGAUCUCUUUAUCAAUUCUUUAUCAUUAUAUUGCGGUCUUUGUCGUGA